CAAACAUAAUCCAGUGUUUGCUGCAGGCAGUUGACGUAUCAGCUGCAUAGUUGAAGGCGCCGGCCAGACAGUAGGUGAGCAGCAAGGACCUGCUUCCAUUUUUCCUGCCACUUGGCUUUUGAGCAGAGGGGACCAAGCCGGGAAAAGUAGGAUGGGGGCCGGAGCUAGCGCUGAGGAGAAACGCUCCAGGGAGCUGGAGAAGAAGCUGAAGGAGGAUGCCGACAAGGAUGCAAGAACUGUCAAGCUGCUGCUGCUAGGUGCUGGUGAAUCAGGCAAAAGCACAAUUGUCAAACAGAUGAAAAUUAUCCACAAAGAUGGUUACUCGCUUGAAGAGUGCUUGGAGUUCAUCACCAUCAUCUACAGCAACACCCUGCAGUCCAUCAUGGCCAUUGUGAAGGCCAUGAACACACUCAACAUUAACUACGGCCACACUGAUCAGCAGGACGAUGCCAGGAAACUCUUGCAUCUUGCAGAUACCAUCGAGGAAGGGACCAUGCCCAAAGAAAUGGCAGACAUCAUUCUGCGUCUGUGGAAGGAUUCUGGGAUACAGGCGUGCUUUGACAGGGCCUCAGAGUACCAACUCAAUGACUCUGCUGGAUACUACCUGAAUGACUUAGAGCGACUGGUCCAACCAGGCUAUGUGCCCACCGAGCAGGAUGUGCUGCGAUCAAGAGUGAAGACCACUGGUAUCAUCGAGACCCAGUUUUCCUUCAAAGAUCUCAACUUCAGAAUGUUUGAUGUGGGUGGCCAGAGGUCAGAGAGGAAGAAGUGGAUUCAUUGUUUCGAAGGUGUGACCUGUAUCAUCUUCAUUGCUGCUCUGAGCGCCUACGACAUGGUGCUGGUGGAGGAUGAUGAAGUGAAUCGAAUGCACGAGAGUCUGCACUUGUUCAACAGUAUCUGCAACCACCGCUACUUUGCCGCCACCUCCAUCGUACUUUUCCUCAACAAGAAGGAUGUGUUCAUUGAGAAGAUCAAGAAAGCUCAUCUCAGCAUGUGCUUCCCCGAAUACGAUGGCCCCAACACUUACGAGGAUGCUGGUAACUACAUCAAAAUGCAGUUCUUGGACCUGAACCUGCGCAGAGACAUCAAAGAAAUCUACUCUCACAUGACCUGCGCCACUGACACAGAGAACGUCAAGUUUGUGUUUGAUGCCGUAACCGACAUCAUCAUCAAAGAAAACCUGAAAGACUGUGGUCUCUUCUAAGAGCCACGCUGAGGAACCAAACCACGGGUACUGAUGUAACCCUGUCCUGUUCCACAAGUCCCUCGAAUUCAAACUGAGGACUGAAGAAGUACACUGCCCCAUCAAAACCAGCAAAUGCAAAAAACAAGUUAAAUCAAUCAAUUUGUUGUGUUCAAAACUGAGACAUAGCUUUGACCAAAGACUUCUUGGCAACUCAGUCUAGAAGACAGCUCCUAAGUCAGAAACUCCUGUGCAGAUUUCAUAUGAGUUGAAUUUUAGUCAAGCUAACUUUUCUAUCGGGUGUCUUGAACUCAUCUUUGAAGGGCCACCCAAACUGUAGUUAAGACAUCAAAAGCUUCUGUCGGCAUGAAGAGAUUUCUUCUCACAUGUACUAAUGUGAAUAGAUGUCCUGCUAACGCAUUGUCUCUAUGCUCCAGGAAGUGGCUCUAGUAAGAGCGUAAAGAGAUGGCCUCACCACCUGCAUAUGCACUUCAGCCUCUGUUAGACAUUUAAAAUCAAUUAGAAACGGCUUUUAUUUACAGACACACUAAAGAAUGGUUUGUAACACGAUUCAAGUAGGACACAAACUGAACUUUUGAGAGAAGUGUUAGGAAACUAACUUUUUGCAGUAGUUGAAAUGGGCCAGUGUAAAUAAUGAAGCGGAUUUGUAUUGGACACUUCAUGAAGUGUGAUGAUACCAUGUUGAUCUGUAACACUUUUGAAUGGUAGAUGUAUUGAACUUCAAAUUAAAAAUCCUUGAAUGAAACUCUAGGCCUUUGAGCCAACUAUCCUGUACAGAAACCAAUAAUUGUACUCCUUGAUUAAAUGUAUUAAAGCUUCUGUAGAAAACUCA